AGGAAAUGAAGACGCAUUAUGAAUAGAGAGACACAGAAGGAAAAUAAACACGGAGACUGAAAAGAAGCCAGAGACAGCAAUUAAGGAAAAUGGCUCAUUCAUUUUUUGUUACCUUCUUUGGAUUCUUUGCAUUGGUCUCAGCCCUACCUCAACAAUUCAGUCUCACUGAAAAACCAUGCUUAGACAAGGGUAUUGAUUUAAAUCGCCAGUUUGUUCUGGAAACAGAAGGAGUUGUCAUUAACUGCCCAGAAUUGGAGUUGGACAUAUCCGAGACUACACCACAGAACUACAGUGUGACGUGGUACAAUAACAAAACAUUUGAAGUAAUUACAGCAAACAGAAAGGAAAGGAUACAUGUAGAGGAUGGUUUGCUUUGGUUCCUCCCAGUAUCAUUGGAAGAAAAUGGCUUCUAUGUCUGUGUUGUGAGGUAUCCAACAUCUUGUGUCAAAAUAGCUGUUUCAUUAACAGUCACUAACUCUACCAGUGCAUCGUGCUUCCAGAAUAGAUUUUCCUACGCAAGGACUUCAUUUUCGAGGAUUUCUAGAAGACUUCCUUGUCCAGAGAUCAGCAAUUAUAUAACCUCAGAUGGAUUUGAACUAACUUGGUAUAAGGAUUGUAAACCUCUUUCAAAUGGAGAAAAAUAUAAGUUCUAUAAAAAUGACCAGUACCUCACUAUAACAAAUGUGCAGCCAUCGGAUGGAGGAAUCUACGUCUGUGAACUGCAGUUUGUGCAUGAUGGUUUACAGUACAGAACAGCAAGAACCAUUGAUUUUGAUAUUAAAGGCUGUAAAGCUGGUAUUGGCCCAAAUAUUAUACAACCAAAAAAUGGUACAAUUGAGCUUGAACCUGGAUCAAAAUUGAACUUAUCUUGCACAGCGUAUACGGGAUAUUGUGAUCCUUCCAUAACAUUAGUUUAUUGGCUAAUAAAUAAUACGUUUAUUGAAGACUAUUUCAGUGACUAUCAAGUUGAAUAUAGUCACAAGAACAAAGACCAAGGCAACUAUCAUAUCUCAAACAUAGUUCUUCCUAAUUUCAAGGAAGAGUAUUAUAAUGAAGCACUUACAUGUGUUGCCAGAAAUGGUUUGGGGUAUCAAAUAGCAACAGUUCAAUUUAGAAAAUCAGCUCCAGAUUUCACAAAGGAGAUAGUAGUUGUAUUUGGCAUCUUUGCCUCUGUUUUAUUCAUCAGCGGAUGCAUUUACAAGUUUUUCAAGAUUACUAUUGUGCUCUGGUACCGUGAUACCUUUCCUGCAAAAUACUCUCAACAUGAUGGUAAGAGUUACGAUGCUUAUAUCAUCUAUCCACAAAGCUCGUGUUCAUCAUACUGUACCAAUAUCCUUGUCUUUGUUAUGGAUUUACUUCCUCAAGUUUUGGAAUGCCAGUGUGGAUAUAAAUUGUUUAUACCUGGAAGAGAUGAUCUACCUGGAGAAGAUUACAUUGAAAAAGUAAAAUCAAACAUCAAAGACAGUAGAAGACUGAUUAUUUUGAUGGCAAAAUCCGUUGAUAAACAACUAUGCACCAUGUUUGAACAGCAAGUUGGAUUGCAUGAUGCAUUGAUAUCUAAUCAAAUAGAAGUUAUUCUGAUUGAGUUGGAUUAUCACGAUAAUUACAGUGACCUUCCAGAAUCACUUAGACAUAUUAUACAAAAGAAAGGAACUAUUAAAUGGACAAGCAGUGAAUGGGAAAAAGAAUCACCAUCAUUAAACUCAAAAUUCUGGAAACAAGUGCGAUACAAAAUGCCACUAAGGUCUUCGUGAUCUUGUUGUAAAACUGAGUAUUACCAGACGUUAGAAAUGCAUUAAAUAGCAUUUCAUCUUUCAAGAAAGUGCAGAUAUUUGGAUAUCGUACAUUGGGUAAUAGUGUAAACUGCAGCAGUGGGUGUUUUUGAACACUGGACAAAUUUCUUUAGGUCCUUUCCUAUUGUAACUUUGAAAGCUCAUGGAAAUCUGUUUGCAGUCUUAAUAGCCUCAAGGUAACCAACCCCGUUAACCUGUUAACAAAGCCAAAGUCUUUCUUUUAAUUAUUUGCAAUGUAGAUUUAAAAGUGGUUUAUUUUAAAUUGGUGCUUCCUUAUGCUAGUUUACAACUGUGUAAUGCAUACAGGAUUAUCCACAAAUGAUUCGUAAACACAUAUAAAC